GUACUUAAACGUUCAGCCGCCAAUAAAUUUUCCUAAUUUGCGUGGUUUAUGGCUGUCACUCGGAUAGCGAUCGUUCUUGGGGAAUUAUUAGAUGAAGGGCAAAAAUCAUCAUUGGUAAAGGAUGUGAUUCAAGGUUUGAGUACAUGUCCACCAGAUUUUCUGCUAAAGAUCCAAUCUCAUCUGGAUAAACUGACAAGCAAUCAACAGUGUUCAUCUGAGUGUAUUUUCUCUUACAAAGAGGAAGAUUUUGAAUUCCUAACAUUAUGUCGCCCAUCUUCAUCUGGAAUUACGUCGUUAUUAACAAAUUUUCUUCAACCACCAAAAAAUUCUGAUGUCACUCUUAAUGUUAUUCUUAUAUACGCUGGUUUAUUAUCGGAGGGAUCAGCUCAUUGGUUGUUACCCAACUUUGUGUUAACACCCACAUUCUUGACUGAUUUUGUUCAACAUUUGUCUACUCUACAUCCUAAACCAGAUGAUACGGAAAGUCUCUCAUCUCACAAACCUAUUCGGCUUCACAUUGGUAUCGGGGCCGUUUCAUCGGGUGGAGACUGGCGUCACCUUGUUAGCAACCCACCACAGCCUAUUGGAGGGCAUGUAUUCCAAGUUACAGUUAACCGUUGUCGUACAGUAGCAAAACCAAAGACUAACAAGCCUACAGACCCUUCUUCGCCAUCUUCUAGCUCAUUUGAUUUUGAGAGUUUUCUAUGCGAUAUGCUAACCAAACUGCCUGAUCCUUAUUGUAUUCCUCUCAGUCAAACUUUGGUAAUGCGCUCACCAACUGAUCUUACGCUCAAAGUUUCCAAACCUUGCAUUUAUGUGUUCCCUGAAGGUUCUGGGCAGGUAUCUAUCCUCGCUCUUCCUUUUUACAAUAUGCUAAUUGAUGGAGGAUGUAGUCAUAAACCUUGCUUUUGGUCUGUUGCUAAUUAUCUUGAUCGCCUGGAUUCUGUUCUGGUAACUCAUUGGGGUAUUGAUAACAUACUUGGACUGAAAACAAUUCUUCCGACAGUUUUCAAACCGAGCAAUGAUCAAUCGUUACUGUGUCUUCUCACUCCUCCACCGAAUAUUAACAACAUGAAAAUAAAUAAUCAUACUCAAGAUCCACUACCGUUUACGAUUAAUCUACCAAUGUAUUUUUCUAAUUUAGUUGGAGAAAUAAAACGUUCUGGUACUAAUCUCAUGGUCUACCCAGUUACUCGAGGAGGAAAACAGUCAGUAGUUCCAAAACCACUACAACUUUUCCAAAAAGUAGGUCAAGGUUGUUUGGAGUUAUUCCCAUUGACCCCUGGAGAUGAUGAUUCUGCCGAGUUGCGCAAGUUAAAUGAUGAUUGGUCUAAAUGUGCUCCUUCACUAAUGGCAACAUCUGUCCCAUUAAAUAAAAGUUCAGGAAACAAAACAACUGUUCCACUUCUUUCCUACACAAGCGUAUCAGCUUUGGUUGUUUGGAGACCUACUAAAGAUACGGAACCUAUACUUCGAUUUCUUUUUGUAUCACCAAAUGCACAUCAAACACGUAUUUUGUUAAGUCUUGAUGCAUUAAUUACUAGUUUCAUCUACCUUCGUCAUCCCAAAGCUGUCCCAGCAGAGUUCGAACGAAAACGACCAUCACAACCUUCAAGUGCAGCUUCACGUCGCCCAACGGUACCAGUAACGCACGCAACAUCGGGUAGUAACGAAGGCAGUAUCAAUUCUGUAGGACAAAAUAAUAAUACUACCGCUUCUCGGCCAUCUCAUGUAGCAAAGAAGGGGACGACGACAAAGACAACACAGGAUACUGCAACACAUCGGCCUCCAUCAUCUAAAACACCUGCAAGCAGUAAAACACAAGCGAAUGCUAAACCUCCUGUUAACAAAACUAAUCACGUGGUUAAAAAUGCUGAUGUUGUGGAGUCACCAUCUAAACAACCAGAGGUUCAUGAUAAUGAAGUUUCUACACCAAAUUUGAUACCUUCAGAAUUAGUUACUGAAAGUUCCGAUAUUCAUGAUGUAUCAAAUAAUAUUAUCAAUGGUGAUAUGAUGCAUAAAACAAAUGGUUUUACUCAUGAUCUUUCCGAUUUUGAACCUUCUGUUAACUCAGAGCAAACGAAUCAUGAUUUAUUGAUUCAUGAUGUGAAUUCAAUGAAAUUGCAAGAUUAUGGUGAAAAUGUUUUUAUCGCUCCUGAUAAUCUUAAUAAUAAUAAUAAUACUGGUACUAGUAUUAAUAAUAAUAAUAAUAAUGUAAAGGAUUGUAAUCAAAUGAAGUCAACCGGUUUAGAUGAAUAUGAUCCUAUUGCAUCAUGGGGAUCACCUCAGAAUUUGCCUUUACCUCCUACAGGUUCAGAAGUUGGCAAAAAACCUGAAACAGUUGCAACAACAAACGGUGAAAAGAAAUCCGCAUCUCAUUUGACGAGGAGGGUUACAUCUGUCAACAGUAGUAGUGGUAGUACAGCAUUGGGUGCAACAAAAACUGGUAAGUUCAAGAUUGAUAAACGAACAUUAUUAUUAGUAUUAGUAUUAGUAUUGUUUUCUGGUUUAUUUCAUCUUUUUUUUCAAUAUAUAGUAACUGAUCAUUUAAGCAAUGGUUAUAAACGAUAUUAAAUCUGGAGUCCGAAAUUUUUGUCGGACGCUGAGACCUAGUUAGAUGUUUGCUUGAUGAAACUCUUAAAUCGGAUUUUUGUGUGAAGUUUAUCAAUUCUUUUCCAUAUCUCGCAAAGUUGUAUCUCAAUUGGUAAAGGUUAUAUUUGAAAGGUGGAUAGUGUAGCCCUAGAAUAGUGGAGCACAUUUUUCUCGGGUGUUUUGGGAACUGAAGUUUUUUUUGACUUAAACUGUUUUAGAAUCAAAGUUUUAUCCUCAGAGCAUUUGUUCACAAUAGUAUCGAGAUGUUCUCUGGAUUUCUCGCAAUCGUUUACUUUCCGAAAACCUUAGCUGCUCAUCAAUUUAAUUCAAAUGACAUGUUGAGUUUCCUUCAACGUUUUAAAUAUUGAAACCGUUAAAUCACAACCAUACAAGUUUGAGAAUGAUAAAAACUACAUUUAGAUGUUAGAAGUUAAAUUUACCAAAGGCCCUCACAUAAACAGUGUAAUCUGUAAUAUGAGCCCAUAUAUAAUAAUUAUCAACAAUAUUUAUUCAAUACGUUCAUUUCUAUAGUUUUUUAGCUCUCAGGUAUAAAAAAAUCCUAGUAUGUAAGUUAUCUUCGUUGGUCCCAUUGAAGAAAGAAAACGUAGGUAUCAUCCGCAACUUACCACGAAUGCAUAUUCGUUGAAACUCAUGAAAAAAGACGAUGCAGGUUGGAGCCAAGUCAGAGAUAACUACAGUCCUCGAGAAGCAUGUGUUCCUUAAACGACACUCUCAGUGAACUAAUGCUACAACGUGUGAUAGAAGUGAUUCAUGAAGCAUUUACUACAGCUAAGCUGUAUGUGUGGUCUAUUCUACAAGCGUCGUAUUAUUAGAACCAGAAACAAGGACUUCCUGAAUUUCUCUCAUUCGUGUAUUUAUCAAUUCAGCUGUUCCGGUUGAGCCUUCAUAGCAGAAGAAAAAUUAGAGAAAUCCGUCAUCGUUUUCUUUUGUAGAGGAUCCUAAUAGGUUAAGUGAAAGAUAUUUGAGGCUAAUUAAAAUCUCUAUAUGUAAUCACCCAAUUAAUCCAAGUAAGGAAAAUUUUUCAAUUUUACUUUUUAUUGAAGCUAUCAACAUCUGCCUUAACAAACCUGACCACUGUAUCUAUAAAGCAAUUUGUACAUCCACUCUUCUUUUCUAUUUGCCUUUGCUCUUAAAAAAAUGAUUAACUACAUAUGUUUUAAUUGUAAUUUUCAAUAGUUAUUGUUUUAUUGAUAGUUUUAUUUCAGAUAUAAAUUAGUGAUUAACAUGGUUAAUCCAUCACAUGUUUAAGAGAUGAUGCUCCAAACUCAGCCAUUUGAAUUGUACGUAGGAGGAAGUGGGGUGAUGGAUUGUGGUCUCAGUGAAAAAAAAAAGAUCUCAUUUUUCUUAUUUUUCAAUACUGGUGGAUAAUAGUCGUUUUUAGAAGUCUCUGUUACAAAACUAUUAGGCUUAUUUGACCAAUGGUCGGAAAUGCGUUGUUCCUUCUCAUUUCGCUUAGUAUUAAUCACAUAUAUUGAUUUUAUGGAGAUAAUGGUAACUAUAUGUACUAAAAAAUUGUGUGAACUUCCAAAGUUGAAGUGCUCAGGGUUUCUUGUUAUAAAUUAAAGUUUAAUGCACGAGACUGCUUGACAUGAAUGUUUUAAGUUGCUAAUAACUCACAUUCGAUAGCAGUGUAUAAGCAUAUUUUCUUACCAUUUGUUAUUUCUAUUCGUUGUAUUUCAUUUUUCUGUAUGCCUAUUUCACUUUAUAAUUGGUAGUCAGAAAGUUCUAUGAUAUUUCAUUGAUCUCAUUUCUCUGUUUUAUUAUUGCGCCUUAAAAACAUAUAUUGGUGUUUUUUCUAAAUGAAGCUUCUGUUUUUAAACUAAUCCUUCUUUUUACUUGUAUUCUGCUCAUAGGUCGUCUUUCUCUUGCACCUCGUGUUGGUGGAAUACAUUCGAGUAUAAGCAACCAGCCAGUUAGUUAUCCUCCUGGCUAUACUAUUGCCUCUGGUCAUACUCCAGGUACAGCAAAGGCUCCUCCAUAUGACAAGGUCAAACCGAUUUAUGUUGAUGUUGCUUUUCUACCAGGUAGUGGAAAUUCAAAUUACGUUGAUGCUGAGUGGUUUAAACGUGUUCGAGCUCGUUACUAUGUAGCCACUGAUGUAAGACCAACAUGCUCUCUUCUAGAAUCCUUAGUCGUAGGAAAAGAAUCAUGGGGUGGUGAUGAUGCACAACUUGAUGUCUCUUUAAUAUUGGCCUAUGAAACUGAGGAGUUAUUAGUAUGGCUCGGUGUGAAUGCUGGACGUCUUAAUAAUUGUCAUGUUAAUGUUGCCGCCGUCAUUUCACGUUCAUCUAUCCAAAUAUUAAAUGAAAAAGCUUCAGCUGUCGGCGAUGGUCCUCUUAACUAUCCAGGCUAUCGUAUAGACCUAUUUUAACCAAAAAGGUAUCAGCAUGUCACUGACGUACAUAACUAAUUUUUAACUGAUGAAUCUCAGUCUUCAUCUUUUCAUCAGUUGUAUGGGCUUUAAAAAACAGGAUAGUAUUUCAUUUCUAUAUCUUCGUAUAUAUGUGUGUGCAUAUUAACAGGAGCAGCUAUCCAUCCAUAUUGCUACAUCGAGAAAUAGGGUAGGAAUAUUACAGUAUGAAAGUUUUUUUCGAAGACAUUAGAAAGUAAACAUUGUGUAUGUGUCCCUCUGUGUAUAUCGAUAAACCUUCUGACUGGCUUUUCAGUUAUUUUAUUCGAUUGGUUUUUAAAGAGAUUAUUAUAUUUACGUUGUUCACUUGUUUCUAGUUGUUGUUAUUGUUGUUAUCGUCUUCGUUAUUGUAAGAUUCAGUCAGUUUUUACCCAUUAAGUUGUGGAGCUGCCUCAUAUAUGCUAUUUCUUAUUAUUUCUCUCGCACAUACAUUUAUAUAUACAUACAUAGUAAAUUUGUUUUAUUGCAUCUUUCUUUUAAUGUGCAUCUGCUUCACGAUUGACUUUCUUCACAUACUCAACAUUUUAACGCUUGUAAUAUUUCUCUCAUUUUAAGUGUGUGUAUGACUGGGUGGAAGAUGUUGCUUCUUUAAUGAUAAAAGGACUAAAUAUGCAUUAUAUAUAUAGCCAAACGCAUUUCUGUCUCUAUUCUAGAGUACAAACUUACUAUUAUUACUGUUAUUAUUUAUCUCUUUGCCAAUAUUAUAUAUAUGUAUUGGUCACCGCAUCCUUCUUGACACGCACAUAAUACAUUCCUUGUUCUUAUUGCUACAUCAUUAUUAUAACUCAUAUAAUGCGUUGUUUCUUUCUUGUUGAACAAUGAAAUUCAUAAAAUUAAAUCUUUAUAUGCAUU